AUCAUCUUCUCGUUCUACAUUCCAAAAGUGCUCCUCGUCGUUCAAGUCCUUGGUCUCGUAUUGAAAACUAGAAACGUUAUCAGCACUGCAUGAGGCUUUCGUGUGCUCUCUACAUUUACAAAUUCUAGGAUACUAUCAGGAUUACUCACCGCAUGCUUCAAGCGUGUAUCGUUUUCACAACCGUUAGGCCCGAUAUACUAUCAUUGCUUCAUGGACAAUGGCAAUGAACAGGGAUCGAGAGGCUUUUCUUCUCUUCGGCGCACGGGUAGAGUCGGAGCCGGGGUGUGAUCGGCCGUGUCCAGAUUCUGCGUAUAUCGCCUCAACGUACAGGGCAGCUAUAAGGUCUUAUUCUCAAGAGUCUCGAGAGGAUACACCGAAGAUAGCCGAAAGCAAGCAGGGCUCAUCCUGUUGUGACGGCACUGCCUGCGGAUGCGAUGAUUCCUGCUUGGAUCAGUUAGCCAGAGCGAUCUGUGCCGAUGACGAUGGUCAUAUACACGAUGAAGUGAAAGAUGAUAAUAUUGAUAAGAAUAUAGAGACAUGCAAGUGUGAAGAUACAGAGGUCAAUUCAGUCGCUGAGGACGGUCGUGACGUUCCAAUCGCUUCAACCAUCAGUUCUACUGCUUCCGUUGACGGAGACUUGCAUUCUUGUGGGCUUCGCAAGCGAAAGAAUAUUGCAAAGCCUGAAGGCCUUCCUCAGGUGGCUUGCGGGGAGCACAAGUCCCUCGCUCUCAGCCGUCAACGGGAGACAUUGGCAUUAUUUGGCUGUGUCUGUAAGGCCUUGCUCGCUCGAGGAUUGGAAUCGUGCUGCGUGACUCAAUCCACCAAUAAACAUUCUCACUCAUCCUCCUCCAGUCGAGCUUCCCUGCUAAAGAAAGACAAUCGGCGAGGAUCCUGCGACUCCGAGCGUAGUCACCAUUCUGAUGGUUCCAAAUCUAGUCACUCUCACGUUUCCCUGAGAAUCGAGUCUCGGAAUGCUUCCACAGGCUCAGUCGAUUCCUGCUGCGGAGACUCCUGCUGUGCCGGGAAUCGCAGUAUUCGAAGCGUCCAGCACGAGAACGACACUAGGUCUCGAAAGUCUGCAAGUCGUCAGUCCUUAGACUCUUGCUGCGGCAAUUCCUGCUGUGGUAACGGAGGAUCAGAAGUAAGGUCUUCUCGCGAUGUUGAGGUUCAGUCUUGCUGCAAUGGAGGAGAUUGUUGUGGGAAUCGCCCCACUUCUCCUUCUGUCUGCGGCAAUUCAUGCUGCGACAAGGAAUCCUUGCAAGAGCAAGACAUCGACAUCGAGAAGCAUACUGCCGGAAUAUCUUCCAGUAUUCAUUCGUCCUCGUUGAACCACACAAUUUUAGCGAUCAAAGGCAUGACUUGCACCGGAUGCGAGAACAAACUGAUCCGAGCCUUACAAGCUAUCCCAACCAUUCACCAUAUCAAGACAAGUCUCGUCCUGGCCCGAGCUGAAUUUGAUUACAGUGGUGCUGAGGAGGAUUUGCGGGUACUCAUUGGAGUCAUCGAGAAACGUACCGGAUUUUCAGCCGAAGAAGUCGUCCCUAUCUCCAGCCAUACGUUGGAUCUGACCGUUGAUCCUGCCCUGCUUGAGAAGAUUUGCCUGAUUGCACGCCCUGACGGUGUUGAAGAAGUCGUGCGCAUCAACAAGAACACGGUUAGAAUUUCGCAUGACCCGCAUCUUAUCGGUGCACGAGACAUCAUCUCUGCCUAUGCUACUUUUUCGCCCAAGCUUGCACCAGUACCGAAGAACGCAGCCUUAGCGGCAGGACUCAAGCAUCUUCGUUAUCUCGCUUUCCGUACUGUACUCUCAGCGCUGCUCACUAUUCCAGUCCUUGUUAUGACCUGGGCUCCACUUCCGGACCACGCAAAAGCCUAUUCAAUCGCUUCUCUCAUCCUCGCUACCAUUGUUCAAACUGCUAUUGCAGGGCCGUUCUACUUCAGCGCUUUCAAGAGUCUUUUCUUCUCCAAGGUCAUUGAGACGGACCUGCUUAUCGUUCUCAGUACCACGACAGCUUAUGUGUACUCUGUCGUCGCUUUCACUUUCGACAUGUUGGAUCGGCCGCUGCAGAGUGGAGAAUUCUUUGAAACGAGCACCUUGUUAGUGACAUUGAUCAUGCUCGGUCAACUCGUCAGCGCAUUUGCACGUCACCGAGCUAUCGAGGCCAUCUCCCUGCGCUCUCUGCAACAGAACACUGCUAUCCUGGUCCACAAGGAGGGAAUGGAGGAAGAAAUCGACGCUCGACUAUUGCAAUUUCGUGACACAUUCAAGGUUCUUCCUGACUCUUCAAUUAUCACCGAUGGCAUUGUAACCCAAGGACAAAGUGAGGCAGAUGAAUCCAUGAUGACGGGUGAAGCACUUCCCGUAUUCAAGCAAGUCGGAAGCACUGUCGUUGCUGGAACUUCCAACGGACCUAGCGUGCUCCUUAUCAAAGUGACUCGUUUACCUGGAGAUAACACUAUUACGGACAUUGCGGAGAUGGUGGACGAUGCUCGGUUCUCCCGAGCGAAAGUCCAAGAAGUCGUCGAUGUUGUUUGCGGGUGGUUUGUCCCCAUUGUCCUUGCUCUGACUAUCGUCACAUUCAUCGUAUGGAUCAUCGUUGGCGUGAAGGUACGAUCUCAAAGUGCAGGGGAAGCAGCUGUAACUGCUAUCACAUACGCUAUCGCCGUCUUGGCCGUUUCCUGUCCCUGCGCAAUUGGACUGGCGGUCCCGAUGGUUAUUUUGAUUGCUUCAGGUGUCGCAGCUAAACAUGGGCUUGUCUUUAAAUCUGCUACGACCAUCGAGUUGGCGAGGAAGAUCGAUCACGUUGUUUUCGACAAGACUGGCACUUUGACUAAAGGGCAGUUGACGGUUGUGGAGUCUACGCUUUUGAACGAGAGCGAAACGGACGUUUGCUCUGCCAUUCUAAGCCUCACGAGCUCCAGCAAACAUCCCGUAGCUCGUGCAGUCGCAGAGAAACUUCAAAGCGAGAAAUUCAUAUCCAGUACUGAAGUUGGGAACGUAGAAGUUCUUGUUGGCAAGGGUAUCAUCGGAUCUUGGAAAGGAGAGGCUAUUUCUGGAGGUAACGCUCGCUGGCUCGGAGUCGAACAGGACCCGCACGUCCAGCCUUUCAUCGCGAAGGGCCUCACAACGUUUUGCGUCACCUACCAUGGGCAACUUCUGGCUGUCUUCGCGCUCUCGGACGCUCUUCGUCCUGAAACGCCUACUGUGAUAUCCAAAUUACUCGCUCGCGGAAUCGAGGUCUCCAUUCUUAGCGGUGACCAUCCAGCUGCGGUGAACCACAUCGCCACAGAGCUAGGUAUCUCGUCAGAAAACGUUCGCGCAGGUUGCCUCCCUGUCGACAAGCAAGCUUACAUCCGAGAGCUCACUAAGGGCGGAAGGAAGGUCCUCUUCUGUGGAGAUGGUACAAAUGACGCCAUUGCCCUUGCGCAAGCCGACAUAGGAGUGCAUAUGCACGAAGAAACUGGCUCGGGUGCUGGCAUUGCUGCAUCUUCGGCCGCAGAUGUCGUCCUCAUCCGCCCUUCGCUCAGCGGUAUCCUGACCUUGAUGGAACUCUCUAAGGUGGUGAACAGGAGGAUCGUGUUGAACUUCGCUUGGUCUGCGGUGUAUAACUUGGUGGCAAUCCUGUUCGCUGCAGGUGCAUUUGUUGGGGCUAGGAUUGCCCCUGCAUAUGCAGGUCUUGGGGAGGUCGUCAGUGUUGUCCCAGUGGUGCUUGUAGCAAUUCAGUUGAAGUGGUUCAAGGAGAGUGACUGAAUGAAUAGAAUGUCCUAUGUUUCCUGUGAUUUGUCUCUUGCGAUGCCUGGCUACUAGAUUCUGAAGUACGGAAGAUCCUGAUGGAAUUCUCUGUUGUAUGCAUACAAUUAUAGCAAUGUGAUUGGCUCCACCUGUAUGUGGAAAAGGG